AUGGUAGAAGUGCCACCAUCUUCACCAGCUAGUGCCUCCCCUCAAGGCAAGGCUCAUGCGCUUGGAAUGGUUGAUAUUUGUGACAAUGAUGAAAGCCACGACGACCUAGGUAGCUCACAUGCUUGGGUUUCUAGCCCUCGAGAUAAUAGUGCAACGGGUUUUCCUUCCAGUGCGUGCGACCCAAAUCAUAAGGAUGUGAGGCUUGAUGGGGCUUCUCAACGGAUGACCACUCGGAGUGAGAGAAUGCGUACUAGGGGUGGAGGUAGUCGAGUGGUCGCCACCCUUACUCUUUGA